GGUAGUUCAGACUUCAUAUCUACAACAGAGUGCUCUAGUUCACAGUAUAUAUUUGUUAACGGUUUAAGGCAAACGCUGAUUUUAUUGUGAGAGCUAUUGAACAAUUAUUUAUUUGGAAUAGCUAUUUAGCAAUUAUUUAUUUGGAAUUUGUUAACUGAUUACAAAAGUUAAAAUGGACAAGGACAUGGACACCCCAGAUCCGGUAACGGGCCUGACAGGAAGAGAAAAGGAUGCUGUAAGAGAAAACUGGAAUAAAAUAGCUUCAUCCUGGAAGACAAAUGGCGUAGACUUCUUUGUCAGAUUAUUCAAGGCGUAUCCAGUUAUACGAUCGUUUUUCAAAACAUUUGAUGGCAUGGAUAUUGAAGAAAUCCGCAAGACACCUAAACUACGGGCACAUGCAAUCAAUUUCAAACAUGGUAUUACCUCCUUUCUUGAUAAUUUGGAUGACACGGAUUGCUUAGUUGUGUUAAUACAGAAACUCACAGCAAAUCAUUUUAGAAGAGAAAUCAAGGUCGAACAAUUUCAGGAUGCUUUUACUUUAUUUGUCAAUUUUGCACAAGAUGUAAGUGACGUUGAUGAAUUGACAGCAAAUGCCUGGAAGAAAACUUUGAAAGUGGUUGCGUCGGUGAUAUCUCAGCACAUGGCAGAGCUGGAACAACAGAAGAUGACAAAUGAACAAAAGCAUGUGACCAAAUGAAAACAUUGCUUAUGGCAGACGGGGACAUCACACAAAAUGUCCUCAUGGAAAUAUUUUUGUAUAGCAAAAGGCCAUUGCGGAAACACCAAGCCAACAUUACGAUUAUCGUUUUAUAAACCCUGAAAUGCCGAGACAUUAAUGCUUGAAGUAAUAGAAAAGAUACGAUUUAUGAACGCACGGAACACUGCGUAGAAAAAAUAAAGUGAAUGAUUUUUGCUAUGUACAAUAUCGUACAUAUGUUUAGCGAUGCAUUAAUACAGGCAGAUGUUUAUCAUUAAAAUAAAACAAUUAAGACGAACAAUGGUUGGAACACGAAGCUGUUUGCACGCGAAAACCGAAAAAUUCAACUUGUUUUACCAAUAAAUUAAAAUCCCAUAAAAUAUCAUGUUUAGUAUUUGCUUUUAUUAUUAAAGCCAGCUGCAACAGCUAAUGUAUGCAUUAUGUUCAUAUAAUUUUGUUUGUAUA